AAGACGCGCGUCCGUUGCGCGCAUAAAAAAAUAAGCGUUCGAAUUACAAAAUUUAUUCGAAUUGUGAAUAUUUAUCCGUAAUAGAGGUGCCUAUGUUCUGUUAAAGUGCUCAGUUUUAUUUUUACGAUUUUUUGAAUGGAAUAUUUUGGUUUUUGAAUUGCGUAUUUUGGAUGUGAUUUCGCUAGGGGUCGUUUUCCCUGGGAGAGCAUUACUAUAGCAACGAAUUUACGUCAAGUUCAUGGGCGGUUGGUGCAUUCGCUCGAUAAUGAGUAGUUUUGGAGACUACUGAAUUUUAUUUAUGACCAUCUUCAAUUAAAGUUGUGUACGGGAGUGAGUUACAAACAUAGACCGGAGUGCAACUGAAUUACAAUUGACUAUCUCUGAACGACCCAAAUGUAUGUGUUUUAUGGGAAAAAGCUCUUACUUGAAGCAUCAUGAGUUUGAUGGCGUUUAUUAAGUUCGGGUAUGCGCUUGUGGUGGUGACGCUGCUCCUCAUGAUAUGGGCGUCACUGUCGAGAGCAUUGGAACUCCACAUAGACUCCAAGCACCCACCAUGCUUGUUCCAAGCAUUAUGCACAUGUUCGAAACCAGCUGGCGACUUGGGCAUCGUGAACUGCAACCACGUCCCAAUUUUGAAGGUGCCAGCAACGAUCAACAGUUCCAAGGUCUUCAUGCUACAGUUGACUGCGAAUCAGAUCAGAGAUCUGGAACCACAGUUCUUCCAAGCAACAGGCUUGUACCGGCUUGCAAUUAACGAGAACCCGCUGGAGAAUAUCCAUGAAGAAGCGUUCUAUGGCCUCGACAAUACACUUUGGGAAUUGGAACUACGACACGACAAAUUGACGUCUGUACCCAGCAGAGCCCUGAGAUACUUGCAGAAACUGAGGCUACUGGAUCUGACAGGAAACGAGAUAACAGACAUAUCCGGAGAUAACUGGCGAGGGUUGGAACACACAUUAACGACUUUGAUACUGGCUGAGAAUUCGAUAGCGAACCUCCCUCUGGACGCUUUUUCCAGUCUACCGAUACUGGAAACCCUGGACCUUCACGGAAAUCAUCUGUCUGUUAUCGAUAGUGGUGUGUUUCGAGAUGGGAUGAGCAGAUUGAAUAGGUUGCUUCUUGGUGACAAUCAACUGGCUUACAUACCUUACGAAGAGUUGGCGCCGUUGCGUCAAUUGAGAUUCUUGGAUCUUUCAAAUAAUCUGAUCAAGCAAGUUCCACCUGCACACGAUCUGAAUGGAAUCAAAUUGUCCUUGGACUCUUUGAAGUUGGACAACAAUCUCAUCAAGAUAUUGUAUCCUGGAUCCUUCCAGUACUUCAACAUUUUGAACUCAACUUCUUUGGACGGCAAUGCGAUUUAUGCUUUGAGAGAAGACGCCUUCAGAAAUGCAAAGAUCAAAACCCUCUCGCUCCGCGACUGCAGUCUUGCGGAACUGUCUCCAGCUGCCUUCGCUGGUCUGGAGAACAGUCUUCAAAGCCUCGACCUCUCGGAGAACAAUCUCACCAUGAUCUCCAAGUUUAUGCUGAACAAGCUGGACUCUUUGAGGUUCCUGAAUCUGAGGGAAAAUAAGGUUGACAUUAAUCUUCUGACAUCGACACCGACAUCGGAUUACGCGAUGCAGUCGUUCAAUAAUUUCCAAUACAAACUGUUUUACCUGGACAUCAGCAGCGCUAGCUCCAUUGAAAUGAACUUACAGGAUUUUAGGAGAAUGAGGUCCCUACGCUACUUAUCAUUAAGCAAACUACUUAGACAAAGCAUUAGGGCAGAGGAUUUCCUAGAAUUUGGUGUCGAACUAGAAGACCUGAAGAUAUAUGGCAGCACGGUGACGAGAAUAGAAUCCAGUGCCUUCCAACACGUCAGGACUAUCAAAACUCUGGACUUAUCGGAAAACAAUAUCGAGUUCAUUGACCCGUUUGCUUUUGCCGAGCUCCACAGUCUAACGACACUGAAAAUGGCGAAUGGUCUGGCAGACUCAGUAAAACUGUUACCGUUCGAGCCUCUAAAGGCUCUCAUAGAACUACAGUACUUGGAUCUAAGCAACAACAAGCUGAAGAAUGUACCAGAUACAUCGUUCCACUUCUUGUACAAACUGAAGCGUUUAAAUUUACAAGAUAACUAUAUCGAACAUUUUUCCAAAGGGACGGUACAGGGUGACAUCCAUGUACUGUUAGAAAGCAUCUGCCUAAACGCAAAUCAAAUACGACAAAUAGUAAUGCACGCGUUUGUAGGACUGAAAGAGUUACAAGAAGUAUUAAUAGAAGACAAUCAGAUAGAACUCAUACAGAAGAGAAGCUUCACUACUCUCGACAAUUUGAAGGUCAUUAGUCUAAAGGGGAAUAGAAUCUAUGAAAUAAGUGAAGAAGCUUUCCAGAACAUACCUGCUUUGACUGAGUUGGACCUAUCAUUCAAUAACCUCGACACGUUCAAAUUUUCAAUAUUUGAUCAAGUCGGAUCAGCCACUGCUUUGAAAGUCAAUGCUUCGUACAAUAGAAUCGUCACAUUGACUGAUUCUAAUGCUCCAAGCUUCUACACGUCUAACUUCUAUCCACCGCCGAAAGCUCAAAGUCUCGGAACAGUCUCAGUGAAUAUCAGAGUGUUGGAUUUCUCGCAUAACAAUAUUACGUAUAUCGCGCCGUAUUACUUCAGGCACGCUGAUCUAACAUUAACAGAACUGCAUCUAUCACAUAACAAACUCAGAAACAUUACUCGAGAAGUGUUCGGAUCUAUGCAUAUGUUGCAAUACUUGGACCUGUCACAUAACUACAUUUACCACAUGGAAUACGAUUGUUUCAAGAGAGUCAAGAACUUACAGAUAAUAAACUUGUCUCACAACCACUUGAUCGAUCUCCCAGUAGAAAUAUUCCACGACAUGCAAAAGUUAACGUCAGUGGAUCUAUCGGACAAUCAUAUCAAGAAUUUGGCUGAUAACCUUAUUCCAUCACCAGCUUUGGAAAGGCUAGACUUAUCCGACAAUGGAUUGUCAAGAAUCCCAACGAACUGCCUGUCUCCAGCUGCAUCAGCUAACUUGGUAGAACUGGAUCUAAGUGGUAAUACUAUACCAGCUGUCGCUUUAGGAGACUUGGUCCAAAGAUUCCGGAGCCCUGAUCAGUUGAGCGAUUACUGGCCCGAGGAGCCCGACUACAGUGACGAAUACAUGUACCACACGGCUAGACGAGAUCACACCAGAGUGUUCCAUCAAAAAAAACAAUACCCGCAGAAUAUUUUGUACAAGUCUUUAGCAUGGUUGGAUUUAUCAAACAAUCAUCUUGUACGAAUCGAAGGCGGAUCCUUCUCAGCGUUGCCUAAGCUCCGCUGGUUAGAUCUCAGUAACAAUUCACCUUUCAACUCUGGUGACCGAGGGACAACUAUUUUCAAAGGAUUAGAAAGAAAAUUAUCUCAUUUGGGACUGAAGAAUGUCAGCCUAGUUUCUGUACCUUCAAUGUCUCUGAGCAAAUUAAAGAGUUUAGACCUAUCAUUCAACAACCUGCCUUCUAUUCCACCUGAAAUAACAGCAAACCUCACACGUCUAAGAGCAUUAGACUUGUCUUACAAUGACCUGACUGUUGUUCCUGUGGCAACGCAUUCAUUGAGUGACCUUCGCUGGCUGUCUCUUUCUGGCAACCCUAUCACUGCCCUGAUGAACACCAGUCUGUACGGAGUAUCUCCUCGUUUGGAAUAUCUGGAUGUUACCAAAUUGAGGUUGAGAAUACUCGAGCACGGUGUCUUCAGUAAAAUGUAUGGGCUACGGACACUCAAAAUAACAGCUUACUCCAACGUGAGAGAGUUCAAUGUACCAAAGAUGCUAUCAUAUAACGCCGGUUUGGAGAACUUGAUGAUUGAAACCGAUUAUGAUUCAGUGGAGUUUGGCAAAGAGAUGUAUGGGCCACUACCACUCAAGCUUAAUAAUAUUACAAUCACUGGACGAUAUUUGAAAUAUUUGACGCAAUAUCUGUUGAGCGGUGUCCAGUCUAAAGUACUUCGACUAACAGUCUUCAAUACCAGCGUAGAAGAGAUAGCAAGCGAAGUGUUCUGGCGACCAGGUCGCGUCACCAACCUGACGCUUGACUUGAGAUAUAACGACAUAGUGAGAGUACCGAACCCUUCUCAAAGGGCAUGGCCACAUGUCCCCAAUACGGUGUUCCUGCAGGACAUACUGGUUGCUGGCAAUCCUUUGACUUGUGACUGCGGUAUCGGAUGGAUAAAAGCAUGGGACCGAAAAAGAAGACAGUACCUUUGCGACAGCCCAUCUAAUUGCGUGUCAACUCGUGACGAUGUCAGAUUCGCAACGUGCCCAGCAUACGACAACAGAACAUUUGCUGACGUUUUAUCAAGAGAUCUGGAUUGUGAAUGGAACAAAGGCUUCAUAGGAUCCCCCAACUUCUUCAUAGUGUUAGGUCUGUCUAUCCUAACGUGCCUCUACAUAUGAGGACUGUUCUGGCUACUUGGGGUAUACGAGGAAUUCAACUUGAUUUUGGCAAGGGUGUAUAAUUCUAACUCUUAAAGGCCUCACUUAAGCCGUACUUUAUUGAUUUAAUAGAUACAAUACCACUUUUGUACAGAAUAAAAUUCUGACGCUUAUCAAUUUUUCGAUACUUUGGAACAUAGAACUAGAUAGUAUUUAAAACGAAGAAGAUUUUUACAGCUUCUUUAAAAUAUUAUGUAAAUAAAAUCAAAUGCAAUCGUUAAGGGUUGUAGGAAUCUUCUUCGCUCAGACGAAAUCCAGCAAGGAGUGAGAUAGCAUUGAAAUGUUUUUCAUACUGUACCUGUUCUUGUGGCCUACAUACUGAGUCUUGGUCUGGGAGAUCCUGAAUAGCCAAAUCCUAGUUAGUGUUAGUGAAACGGAAGUAUAUGCUUUAAGACUUGAAGUCAGGACGUUGACGCAUUGACGGAGGACAAGUGACUUUUGUAUACUUAAGUGAUUGCGAUAACUCUAGUGAAGCCUACUAAAAUGUGAUUUAUCGUUUAAAAAAAGGAAAGCAGUUGUGUGAUCUCAGAAGAAUCGUUGGACAAGUUACCGUAACUUCAUAUUUCUUAGUAAAUUACAGUUUGCGUUCCCCCCUCCCAAAACCCUGUUUUGCGUGUGUAGUUUUAAGAAAUUUUAAUUUGAACAUUUCACGCAUUUCGUGCACUGCCUUACAUAACGAAUUUUCUGUGAUUAUUGUCCAGAAUCUAUGUCCAACUUGUAUGGUGCGUUUGAUCUUACACGAUAUUGUUAAGAACCGCGUGUGGAAGUGCACUUAAUGUGUUUUAGAAGUUGCAUUUACGUCGUUUUAUAAGAUAAGUUCACACGAAAGCAAUGACUUAAUUAUGAUCGUCUAAGUAGACUGCAUUCGCUCGAAUGGUAUAUGUGUUCGUCCAUUAUUAAGAGUAAAAAUAUUAUUUAUAGAUGUAUUCAUUUUUGUAAUAGGUGACUUUAGGUGUAGACUAAUCGAAUCAUUUAUAAACAUUUCCUUAUAUUCAAUAUCUUUAACAUUUUCUUCAUUGUCAUUUAUUUCAUAGUACGUAGUUGUUUUAGGAUCGUUGUUACGACGAUCUUGAUUCUAAACAAAUGUUUGUACAAAGUCUCUAACUCAUUCGUCGUAAAGUCUAUAUUCAGAGUCACUAUCUUCAAUAAGAAAGCUUAAUCCUAUUCUAUUUACUCUUUAAUAUUUUCAUUGUUUAGCUGUUUACAAAGUCUAUCUGGUUAUUGUUGUAUAAACAUAUUUUAUUACAUAUUACGUAUAAAUAAAUGUGUCAUUAGCUGUUAUUGUAUCGGAGCAUGCUGUAAUAUAUACAUUGUACGUAUAUACUAGGAUUUUAUCGACUGAAUUUAAGUGUUUCGGAGCUAUAUCGCUGGUUAUUGUAUAAGAAGUGUUGUUUGUAUAAUGUCCAAUGUGGCUUCUUUUUAUUGUUGCGUCGCUUCACUGUUUUCUGUCACAGUUUUAUUAAUUUUUCUAUUGAUCUUUUAGACGGGCACGCUAGCAAUAGUUUAGUCGGUUGAGAGUUGCAUGUUUCUAGCUUUCUUAUCUAUUUCUAUAACUGAGUGAGUUCAAUUGAAUACCUCUUCUUCAGUGGUCCAGUGUGUGCUGUCAGGCCUAUUGUUGACUUUUGUUUUCAAUGCCAUUUCACGAUGCACUUGAUUAUUUUAUACCACUUCAGUGAAUCGUACACAAGAAUGUUUUAGUGACACAACGUUGGCGUUAGGUUUGGUAUUGAAAACAAAGGAAUAUCGUUGUAACAAUGAAUAUAUUUUGUGAUAUAUAUUACUCUAAUCCUUCUAUUUUUGAUAAAGCCUACAAUGAAUAUUGCUACAAAACGGGAAUUGUAUAGCUGAAUAAAAUUGACAUUAUUAAUAAAAAUAUUUCAGCUUCUGUAUACAUUAGAUCCGAUUGUCAAUUGUUGAAUUAUAUUAAAUCAUUUUCUUCGAUGGUACUAAAUGGUAUGAUUGUAUUUUAUUCUAAUAAUAAAUAGCUUGCUUGAAUUUUAUGAAAAUUGUAUUUAAAUAGCCCUGCAUCACAAUUUCUGACCUAUGGUAGCUGAAAGCAUUUUUGUAAGGUCGUUGAAAUACAAACAGAUUAUCAAUAUAUAUUUCCUAAAGAUUUUAAAAUACUCUUAAUUACUUUAUCUGCAAUGAGAAUUUUUCAUCGGCUUGUAUUAUUACUUCGUUGCUCACUAGUGCCAUCUACAUUUUAUGUAGCAAACCUCGAUUAUGACGAGAACUUACAAAUUAAUUCUUCUGCAAGGUCCAUUGUGAUAGUAAUAGCUAGUGCCAAUACAUACAGAAGUAAAUAACGUUAUUAUAAACAACAACUUGUUUAUUAUUAUUAUGUAAAUUUUAUUUUGCGAUUGGAAAUACGACCAUUGAGUAAUAUAAAUAAGUAUCAAAAUAUCUUUAACUUUUAUUUAGAAAAAUAUUGACAAUUGCUAUGCGGCAUUGAGUUCGUGUUUAUGUUUUAUUAUUUUCAUUUGUUUAAAUUAAAUAAAUCAUACUACAAGUAUGAAUAAUAAAGAGUUUAUUUUAAUGUAAAAUAAACUUUAAAUUAAUAUGGUUAAGGGUGUGUUACAGUUAAGUAAAGUUCGAACAAAUAAAAUUGUGUGAAAUCUAAUCACUUUAUGUAAGUACGUAAUGAUAUGAGCCUUAAAAUAAUAUCAGCCAGUAUUAUUAUGAUUUCUAUGGCAAUACAAAUAAAGUUUAAAUUAAUAUAUCAACAAUUUUUAUUUAAUUUUAAGAUUUAACAAAACCAAAAGGUCCAAUCGUAAAAUGAAAGUUUAUUAAAGAAAGCUUUAUUACGUUCACAAUAUGGUUUUAAAUUGAAUCGCUGUAAAUAUGUUUUAUGAUAUUUCUUUGUAAUAGAAUGUUAAGGAGAAUAACUAAACGUCGCUAAUUCAGUGAGUUUGAAUGUUAUUUUCAAAGGAUAGAGGACGAGGGAAUGUUUUUGUCUUCACUACUUAAAAGAAUAGUGUGAAAUAAAAAUAAGUAAUCAUUGAAUUAUUAGCGUAUUAAAAUAAAUUAUUGCGUAAAUAUUA